AUGAAGGCCGAACAGAUGGUGGAUACUAAAAAUACGCUGAUAGUCGUGACGGCAGAUCACUCGCACACCUUCACGAUUGUCGGCUAUCCGCACAGGAACAAGAGUAUCUUCGGCGUCGAGAUGGGCGACAAUGACGAAUGGGGGCCGAAAGAUUUUAACCCUUACACAAUUUUGAGCUAUGCCAACGGACCGUCGGCAAAAGUCAACAAAUCACGUGAAGAUUUAAGCAAUGUGGAUACAGAAGCGUUGGAUUUCAUGCAACCUUCACUAGUCCCUAUGAAGGAUGAGUCUCAUGGUGGGGAGGACGUGCCGAUAUUUGCGAGAGGUCCAUUCGCUUUUGUCUUUCAAUCCACCCGUGACAACACUUUCAUAGCACACUCCAUAAACGCUGCACUCUGCAUAGGACCCUACCAACAUCUACGCCACUGCAAUUUUGCCAAUAUGCCGUCUGCCCAACUUGGCCUGAUCUACCUCAUGGAAUUCAUCACUUUGAUUUAUUUAACGAAAUUUUUUUGA